CAGCGGCAGGAAGCAGGCGGGCGCCUCUCCAGUGCUAAGGCCUCUUGUUCUCGGAGAGGAAAAUACUGGACGCUUCGUCACGUAACUCCCAUCUCUGGUCCCCGUGUCUGUGAAUGGCGAAGUCCCCGGAGAACUCUACCCUGGAGGAGAUUCUGGGGCAAUAUCAACGGAGUCUCCGGGAACGUGCAAAUAGAAGCAUUUACCAACUGAAAUGUGCCCUGAGAGAAGGCGAUGUCACUGUGGGAGAAGACGCACUGGAUCCUUCUCUCAGCACCAGUGUAGGAAACGAGGACACUGGGACUGCCUGGCAUGAGCUGCAGCACAGCCAUGCUGUUAAUCAACUCAAAGCUUUGUUGCGUCAACAAGAAACUAAGGAAAGUGAGGUAUCUCCAUCAAGGAGACGAAAAACGUCCCCUUUGAGGUCAUCAGAGGAAAGCAGUAUGCCUACUGUACACAAUCUGGUUCCUAUCAUCAAUGACCAAUCUCAAUACAUUCAUCAUUUAGAGGCAGAAGUCAAGUUCUGCAAGGAGGAACUCUCUGGAAUGAAAAAUAGGAUACAAGUAGUUGUGCUUGAAAAUGAAAGUCUCCAACGACAGCUGAAAUCUCAAAGACAAGAGGAGGCAAUGAGGGAACAAACGCUUCUGGAUGCAUCUGGAAACAUGCAGAAUUCUUGGAUUACAGUGGGUAACGAUUCUGGAGUGGAUGAAGCUGCCAAGAAACCAUUUUCCCAUGGCAAUGCAGAUAUUACCGAAGCUGCAUCUGCUGAUGAAGCUGAAAAAUGGAAGCUAGAACUGGAGACGCUAAAACUUACUUAUGAAGAAAAGAUUGAAAUCCUGGAAUCUCAAUUGAAGUUUUUGAGGAAAGACUUAGCUGAAUAUCGGAAAAAUUAUGAAGAUCUUAAACAGCAACUAAAACAUAAAGAAUCUCUUCUUGCUGCUAAUAUUUCUCACCGUGUUGGUGGUCUUUGUUUGAAAUGUGCUCAGCAUGAAGCUGUUCUUUCCCAAACCCACACUAACGCUCACAUGCAGACUGUUGAAAGACUGACGAAAGAGAGGGAUGACUUAAUGUCUGCACUGGUUUCCGUAAGGAGCAGCUUGACAUAUGUGCAGCAAAGGGAAGCAAGUGCACAUGAGCAGGUGAAACAAGCUGUGCAGAUGACUGAGGAAGCCAAUUUUGAAAAAACCAAGGCUUUAAUCCAGUGUGAGCAGUUGAAGAGUGAACUGGAGAGGCAGACCGAACGACUUGAAAAAGAGCUUGCAUCUCAGCAAGACAAAAGGGCCUCUGAGAAAGAGAUGAUGAAAAAUGAAAUAACAAAAGAAAGGGAGGACAUGGUGUCAAAGAUGUUGACCCUGUCUCAGAAUAUUGCCCAAUUAGAGGCCCAGGUGGAAAAAGUUACAAGAGAGAAGAUUUCAGCUGUUAGUCAACUAGAGGAAAUUCAAAACCAGCUUGCUUCCCAGGAGAUGGAUGUCACAAAGGUGUGUGGGGAAAUGCGCUAUCAAUUGAAUAAAACCAAAAUGGAGAAGGAUGAGGCAGAAAAGGAGUACAGAGAGUACAAAACAAAAGCUAACAGGGACCUUGAAAUUAAAGAUCAGGAAAUAGAGAAAUUGAGAUUAGAACUGAGUGAAAGCAAGCAGCACUUGGAACAGGAGCAGCAGAAGGCAGCCCGGGCCAGAGAGGAGUGCCUGAGACUGACAGAGCUGCUGGGCGCGUCUGAGCACCAGCUGCACCUCACCAGACUGGAAAAAGAUAGCAUUCAGCAGAGCUUUAGCAACGAAGCAAAGGCCCAGGCCCUUCAGGCCCAGCAAAGAGAGCAGGAGCUGACACAGAAGAUGCAGCAAAUGGAGGCCCAGCAUGACAGAACUGAAAAUGAACAGUAUUCAUUGCUGACCUCCCAGAAUACAUUUUUGACAAAGUUAAAGGAAGAGUGCUGUACAUUAGCCAAGAAACUGGAAAAAAUCUCUCAAAAAAGCAGAUCUGAAAUAGCUCAGCUCAGUCAAGAAAAAAGGUACGCUUGUGACCGACUGGAGAAGUUGCAGAGAAGAAAUGAUGAAUUGGAGGAACAGUGUGUCCAACAUGGGAGACUGCAUGAGAUAAUGAAGCAAAGGCUAAAGCAGCUGGACAAGCACAGCCAGGCCACAGCCCAGCAGCUGGUGCAGCUCCUCAACAAGCAGAACCAGCUUCUGCUGGAGAGACAGAGCCUGUCGGAGGAGGCGGGACGUCUGAGCUCCCAGUUACCCAGCAUGCCACAGUCUGAUUGCUGACCUGAUGAAACAGAGUGGAAUAAAGGAUUUACAAAGAGAUAGUGACAUUCAUCUGGUUUGUAUGUGAGACGCCACCACGCGCUGCGACCUCCCUGGUGGACACCCCCCAGAAGGUGGUGGCCGCGUGGGGGCCACAUUGGUUGCCGAGCGGUCCCUACACGACGGACGGCUGGAGCUGAAGUCUGACAGAUGAGGGGCCCUCCUGGUGUGUGUUUUCAGAAAUGGCUUGAGGGUAUUAUGUUUUUAAAUCUGCUCAUUUGUAUGCUAUGUUACACAUAUGAAUUUCAAUAAAUGAACUUUUCAAAGACUUGAAUUGCAAUGUUUCCUUUUUACCUCGUGGUGAUGAACGAAACACACCAAAAAGGCACAUAUUUUAACUAGGCCAAAGGGUAUUGAGGACCAAACCUUUUUCCUGCCAUUCCUGGUCUUUCCUCUUUUUGCGGUCUGUAUGUCAUCCUUCAACCUUAUCUGCCUGUAAUUAACAUCCUGUAGAUGCCCUGACUUCUCAUCCGGCUAAUCUGACACCAUCAGGAGCCCCCAGGAAGCACCAAGCACCCUCCUCUCCACUCUUAACAACAGACGAGAAAGCCGCUCUGGCUCGGUGGUGCCCCUUCUUCUUCAACACAGGGAUCUGAGAGGAGCCUAAAAACAUACUUAGUGAAAUUACAAAAUGUACUUCGAGUUCUAUCAAAUAUCUGUACACAGGUUACUAUUUUAGUGUAAAAUAGUAUUUCUACUAUACACAGUUAAGCCCUCAAAUGCUUUAAAGUAAUAAAACCGGGCACUGAAAAUGUUGUGUUGUCUCUGAGGAUGACAGUGAGACACUAAAGGCGAGGCUGCAGUUGGACUGGCCCCUGACUUCAGGCUGUUCUCCUGCCAGCACUCCGCCAUCAUCGUCACGGUCUCUCCGGAUCGGUGUGGACUAGGCUGUGGGGGCGGUGGCAUGACACACACGCAAAGACCACUUGAGUCUCCUGAGCAUGGAAAAGGUUCAAGCCUGAAAGAAUAAAACUUCAGAUUCACAAGUUUUUGAUUUCAUCACAUGUGCUAGACACAAAGGCUGUCACAUAAGAUAUAUUAAUUGUCCCUAAUUCUGUUUUAGGAAUACAGUAAAUAAAUUACACAAUAUUCUAAAAAUAGCACCUUGAAAGGAUUAUAGAGGACACUCUCUGGUAGCCUCCUGGAUCUGUCAGCCCCAGUGGUUUUGAGAGAGGGCGCAUGUAAGAGGCCCUCAGAUUUGGUGUGUGACAUACACGGACACGCCUAACUUUGGUCCCAGAGCCAUUCCUCUGUCUGGCCCCAUCCCAGGAGGAAAGCCAAGUUUCUACAAUAGUAGGAUUAUGAGGUAAAAUCAGAAAAAGGCCCCACCAAAAUGAUUCUGGGUCCAUCAGAGUGUAGUCCAGUCAUCCUACCCAUCGAUUACUGAUGCCUAAAUUGGUUAAUUUGCCAUGAAGUUUUGAAAAUACACUCUCAAAAAGGAAGUAUGCAGAGCAACACAUUAUCAGGAAGACAUUGCUGACGAGCUACACUCCUGAAGAAUCCUGGGUCCAAACCAUCUGGUGGGAAGAUCGUUAGGGUCUUAACAAAUCCCCGAGGAGACCUGGUCCAUCCCUGGCUUCACAGCGCUGAGUCGGCACCUGCCCUGGGGAGCAGCCCCGCGUCAGUCUGAGCAACUGCCGACC